AUGGAUAAGUACUUUAGACCUGAUAAACUAGAGGCUGAUCCAAACUCCCAAACUGCCGCCAAAGAAUUUAAACACUGGUACGAAACAUUUAAGAAUUUUUUGGAAAUAUAUGAUUACAUAAGCGAAGCAAAAACAUACAUUUCUGCUAUCAAAAUUUUGGAAGAAUUGUAUAUUAAACCUACAAAUGAGAUUUACGCAAGACAUAUUCUAGCUACAAGAAAACAACAAAUAAACGAAUCUAUAGAUCAGUAUGCUCAACAGUUAAAGCUUUUGGCUAAAAAUUGUAAUUUUAAAGCAGUUUCUUCAGAAGAAAAUAAAAAUGACUAUAUUCGUGAUGCUUUUAUUAAUGGUCUCGUUCAAUCUAAUAUACGUCAAAGAUUACUAGAGUUUAGUUCUUUAUCUUUGGACGAAGCAUUAUCUAAAUCUAGAUCUUUAGAAGAUUCUCAAAAACAAUCUGAUACAUAUCAUGCAGCAUUAAAUAAUAUAGCAUCUUGUAGUCAUCCAAAUUCAGAGCAAACUACUUUAGCUUCUGUUCAAACAAAACCUGGUCAGACUUGUUAUUUUUGUGGACAUCCAAGACAUCCUCUAUCUGUAUGUCCAGCAAGGGCUGCGAUUUGCCAAAACUGUCAUAAAAUUGGACAUUGGUUUAAAAUGUGCAUGCAAUCAAAGAAAAGUCAAACGAGAUCAACUUAUGCAUCUACAAUGGUAAUCGCUUCUUCAAUGGAAACGCCUCAAUCGCUUUCAAAAUGUAUAGCCAAAGUAACAGUUAACCAAAUUGAUGCCAACGCUUUAAUAGACACUGGAAGCUCAGAUACUUUUUUAGAUCAUGAAUUCGCUAUUGAAAAUAAGCUUAAAAUUUUUCCAAUACAAGGGGUCCAAGUUUCUAUGGCAUCUAUGUCAUAUGGUCAAGAUUUCGUCAAGCGGUAA